CCGCCGCUUCCGGGCGUUAAGAUGGCGGCCGCCGCGGCCGGUCGGGACUGAAUGACAGGACUGGACCCCCGCGCUCAGCCCCUGGAAGACCCCGCCCCGUCCCCUCCGCGUCCGGCGGACCCAUGAACCCGGUGUCGCCGGCCGCGGGCCAAUACCGGAGCGGGAGCCCCAACGGCCGAAAGCCGCCCGGCCCCAGGAACCGCGCUGGCCCUAGCGGGAGGUCGGAGGGAACGGUCCCCCCUGACAGGGAUGCAGAUGAGGUGGACCGUUUGAAGAGCCGCUUCCUCUCCGCCUGGAACAACGUGAAAUAUGGCUGGACGGUCAAGAGCCGGCCUAGUUUCAGCAAACUGUCCACCGUUCACCUCUGCGGCCGCCACUAUCGCUUCGAAGCCGAAGGUGAUGUCGAGUCCUUCCAGAGGGACUUUGUGUCCCGCCUGUGGCUCACCUACCGCCGGGACUUCCCUCCGCUGGAGGGCAGCGCCUGGACCUCCGACUGCGGCUGGGGUUGCAUGCUGCGAAGCGGCCAGAUGCUGCUGGCCCAGGGACUCGUCGUACAUCUGCUGUCCAGAGAUUGGAUUUGGGCCGAAGCUGGGCCGGCUCCAAAGCCGGGCGAGCACCGACUCCUAAAAAGUGACCCCGGAGGGCCCAGCCGGUCCCCGGCCCCACCGCCCCCAGCCGGGGUCCUGCAGGAGCAGGAGCGGCAGCAUCGGCGCAUCGUGUCAUGGUUCGCCGACCACCCCCAGGCUCCCUUCAGCCUGCACCGGUUGGUGAGGCUGGGCCAGGGCUCAGGCAAGAGGGCGGGAGACUGGUAUGGCCCAUCCCUCACGGCCCACUUGCUCAGGAAAGCUGUGGAGGGCAGCUCAGAGGUGAGCGGCAUGGUGGUGUACGUAGCUCAGGACUGCACGGUCUACAAGGCCGACAUGGCCAGGCUGGCCGGUCAGCCAGGGGACCCUGAGGCUGAAUGGAAAUCCAUCAUCAUCCUGGUGCCAGUGCGUCUGGGCGGUGAGACCCUGAACCCUGCCUACAUGCCAUGCAUUAAGGAGCUGCUGCGGAUGGAGCCGUGCCUGGGCAUCAUCGGCGGGAAGCCCAAGCACUCGCUCUAUUUCAUCGGCUACCAAGACGAUUUUCUCCUCUAUCUGGAUCCCCACUACUGCCAGCCAUGUGUGGACACCAUGAAAGACAGCUUCCCUUUGGAGUCAUUCCACUGCACAGCUCCCCGCAAGCUGCCUUUUGCCAAGAUGGACCCCAGCUGCACUGUUGGUUUCUACGCGGGCACCAGGAAGGAUUUUGAGGCACUGUGUUCCCAGCUGCUACAGGCACUGAACUCCACAGCUACCCGCUACCCCAUGUUCACUGUGGCCGAGGGCCAUGGCCAGGAUGACCACUGCUCCCCGCUGACUCAACGGACAGUCCGGGCCACCCCCCAGCCCCGGGCUGGAUGGCUGGGUAGAGCUAAGCACUCCAGCUCCGAAGACUUUGUGUUUUUAUAGGGACACUCUCCCCCUUCCCCCCCAGCCCCAAUCCCCCGCCAAAGGGGGUGCACACAGAACUAUUUAUUUUAUUUAUGGUUAAGGAAGCAGGGUUGCAGGGCCCUUAACCCUAAAAGGGUGGGGUCAAAAGCAAUAAACUCAGGAUCAAUUUCCCCGGAGGGGAUGGGACUCUUCAGACCAGCCCCCUCCGCCGCCCGCCCCCCCCAAGCCUGGGGGGUGGGUAUUGUCUGCUGCUGCUCACUUUCAAUUCCAGAAUAAACAAAAAAAAUCAGCACUUGUUGCCAACA